AUCUCGCCCCUCUCCCCUCGGCCUGCAUCCAUGGGGCCGGAGCCGGGCUCGCGGACGGCGCUGCUGGAGCUGAAGCCGGGAGAAAACCCGGAGGAAGGCAACUGAUGGAGAGGCUGAGAGUGACUUCCCUGAGACUCUGACUGAGUUCAUAGCCCAGGGUUACCCUGGUUUCCGGCUCAUCCUAGUAGCUGCUACGCCAUUUAUGCAUGUUUGUUUGGUGGUGUUUACUCCUGGGUAUGCCCUUCUCCCACCUGGGGACUGUCCCUGUGCCCGUGUGGGGCAAAACUCCUUGUACCUACCUCCUGCAGAGCCAGGCAGCAGGAAAGGGAAAGUAAUCCUUGUCGGGGGAGCAGACCCGAGUGGCAGCUUUGCUGACUCCUACGUCAUGGAUCUUGAUGCACACUGCUGGACGGCGCCUGCCUGGCGGGGUCUCUUGCCGCGGUAUGAGCAUGCCACCUUCAUUCCCACAAGCUGGCCCACAAGCCUCUGGGUGUUUGGAGGAGCCAGUGAAACUGGGAACAGGAACUGUGUGCAAGUUCUGGACCUCAAAGCUGGAACUUGGAUGAGCCCUAAGGUGACUGGCACUCCACCAUCCCCUCGGACUUAUCAUACAUCCUCAGCAGUGAUUGGGGACCGUUUAUAUGUAUUUGGAGGAGGCGAUAAAGGGGUGGAUCCAGUCAAAGACCAGCAGCUUCACAUCUUUGACUCUGCCACUCUGACAUGGCUGCAACCAGAAGUUCGGGGCGACCCUCCUGCUCCCCGACAUGGCCAUGCCGUGGUGGCUGUCAAAAACAGGCUCUACAUACAUGGCGGAUUGGCUGGUGAUACCUUUUUUGAUGAUCUCUUCUGCUUUGAUACAACUGAAAUGAAGUGGGAGACCCUGUCGGCUACUGGAUCUGUACCAGCAGGGCGGGCAGCCCACUCAGCAGCUGUGUUUCAGGGACAUUUGUAUAUAUUUGGUGGAAUGGACCCAACAGGAGCACUGGACACAAUGUAUAAAUAUCACAUAGAAAUGGGACAUUGGACAAAGUUGGAGUUUAAAACUCCUGCGCCUUCUGCUCGUCUGGACCAGUCUAUGUGUGUUGUUCCGUGGAAAGUGUCUUCCAAUGAGGACAGCAACAGGAAGGAAGGAGCUGGAGGCUCUAAUGGAGACAAUCUCUCUCAAGGCUGCCCAGAUGAACACUUGUGCUUAGUAUUUGGUGGAAUGGAUAUUAAAGGGGAAAUCUACAAAGACAGUGCUGUAACUCUUCUUAAGUAAAAUGUUUUAAAUAAAUGUACUGGUAGCUGU